AUGUUAUUUGCUAAACAACAAGAUUAUAACCCUAUUGAACAAUAUUAACCAACCUCAUUUAGUUAUGGUUCAGGCAUUUAUACACCAUAAAAACCUAAGAUUGCUUACAAUAAUGGCAUUAUUAAUUAACAACCAAGAACCAGAGCUGAGAGAGAAUAUCAAAAGGAAAUAGAAAUCAAAUCUGCAGGACCGAGAAUACAACAGAACUAUUCACAGAAAGACGAUAUGAAAAGUCUUUUGCAUAGUCCAAUGCCUGAUACGACUCUUUUUCAGGCAGAACGAGAUAGAUUUGCAAAAGACUUCGCAGCCGAAGAUAAAAAGCAAAGAGAAAUGUAAUACAAGCUAAAAUAAUUAUCUUAUGAAUCAAGGAGAUUAGCAAAUCUAUAAAGGGAUGGUGUACUAUGGUAGCGAAAUGAAGAAUAUUUGCUUAAAGACGAAUAACGAAGACAGUAUCAUUCUGAACAAUUUACAAGAGGUAAAAGGAAUACAAAUGGAUUGGCUUAUAACCCUAUCACUUUGGAGUAUGCCUAAAAUGAGGCUGGUCAAGCAUUAAGACGAUAUGACGAAUUGCAUCAAGUGAGAAAAUUUGUAAGGGCCAAAAAUUUAGACACAAGAGCUAAUUGUGGUUUCAACGUAUUAAGUGGUUAGGAGAGAUAGGGUGUUGAUUAAAUAGUUCCAGAUGAACUAAGGCCCGACUAUUAAUUAAGGGUCAGAGAUUUAUAAAAUUAAUUAAAUUUAAAGCAUUAUGCCCUCUAAUAAUAAAUAUUUUAAUGAAAAUAUAUUAUUUAUUUAUUAUCUAAUGUAAUUUUAAUUU